CUGACAUGCCAAAUUUGAACUGCUGUCCUCCCGGCUGACGGACACCCGACGCAGUUUAACGCUCCCUGGUCUGACUUGAAAGCUACUGCCUCCCGAUUGUCUACGAAUAUGAGCACCCACACUUUAAAAUCGCUGGCGGAAAUACCUGAAACUGAGAUAUCGCCCACCAACGCACUGUACUUCAAUUCGAAAGAUAAAGAAGACGCGUGCAAACGCUCACAAAGCGAUGCCAGCUUCUUCAUGAGCCCUAAUAACAGAAUUUUCAAGUAGGACCAUAUAACUAUCUUGUUCAUACUGCCUCUCGACCAUCAUCUAGGCAAUGUGGCAAGAUUUCGGAGCACUCUAUGGUCUACUGGAAUUUGCCAGAAGCUGUGGAAGCUUCCACGGAAGAAUCCAAAGGCGACGAAGAUAUAGGUGCCGAUUCAAAUGUACCAAUUCAGUCUACAGCAUGCCUUCCACAUGAAACGGAAGAGUUACAAACUAUUUCAGAUCCAGCUGAGAUCCACAUUCACCGUGUUCGAUUUGGGGAUGGAAGCUCUUCCACACCCAGUGGUCCACCAUCUCCGUCGAUCACCUCAGUGAAUUCACCACUUAGUGUCUUAGAAGUACAGAAUUCCGAUGCAAAAUUGGAUAGAAAUAUCACAAGUCUUUUGGAUGACAGCAAUGAUUAUACUCACUUCACUGUACAAAUGAGGCAGACGAGUCGGUAUUCACAUUUCACUGCUAAUUCGGCCGAUUUUACUGAACGAGUUCUCUCGAGCUCUGUCGCUUCCGAUCGGCAUAAAAGAGACAAGAACGCGCAUUCUGUUAAAGGGUUUUGUACGCGUUACUCGAAUUCUGGGCCCAAUGUACCACCCACUGAGGAUCCUGGAGGAGGCGAAAUGUUUUUCCACCUCGGUUCUUUCGAUAUAUUGAGAAAGAAUUUGUUGGAUCCGCCCGAGGAGUUGAGAAUCUUCAAAGCUUAUCACAGAUAUGUAGCUUGUCAGAAUGGGCAAUCCCUGGAUAAUGAUUGCGAAAUUUUGAAUGCGUGCAAUCAAUUGAUGACUGAAGCUCAUGAGAUGUCCGACACUCAAGCCGUAAACAUGGUGUGUGAUCUAUUUCGGAAAUGUGGGCUAGUGCAGGCGCUUGUUGCUCGACUAACUGGGCCGUUGGAUGAUCCAACUGAAAACAAUGCCGUCAAUGGCAGGGAGGUCUCUACCCACCCUAAAAUCAUUACAGAGGUCCACGAACUUGAAAAUCAAGAAAGAUCUGCUUUUUCGGGCUUCAGCGAAAUACCUGCCUACCAGAACACUAUCGAUCGUGAGCAGUUUGAGACAGCUGGUUUCAAGAUUAGAGAACAAGAGAUGAAAAUUCGUUCCAUCCGCCUGCUACGUCAAGAAAUCGUCUGGGCAUUACGAAGUGAAUGCAAUGUGAUCCCCAUUUUCUCUUCCUUCGUUCGGCCUCCGGCUGAUAUCCUACCCGAGGACAUUAGAACAGUAUUGGAAUUCAAUGGAGUGCAUUGGAUUCAUGAAUACCAGGAAGCCUGUAUCGACAAGCUGGAGGAAUUUCUGAAACUUCCACCGUAA